CCUGUUGAUCGCCGCGCUCGCCGGGCUACGGCGCCGCCCCUGCUCGUGGCCCCGCUACCUGGGGCUGAGGGACUGACGGCUCGCACCGCCUGCGACGGGAUGGGCGCACUGACGGGAGUAUUCUGAAGUCUCAGGAAGCUGGUCCGUUAAAUGUUCAUGGCCCAUGAGGAAGGCAUAUGAGAAACCAUGGCUCUCCCUUUUCAAAAAGAGUUGGAGAAAUACAAGAACAUUGAUGAAGACGAGCUUCUUGGCAAACUCUCAGAAGAGGAACUGAAACACUUGGAAAAUGUUCUUGAUGACCUAGAUCCCGAGAGUGCCCUGCUACCAGCUGGAUUCCGACAGAAAGACCAGACCCAGAAAGCAGCCACCGGCCCAUUUGAUCGCGAGCAUCUCCUCAUGUAUCUGGAGAAGGAGGCUUUAGAACAGAAAGACAGGGAAGACUUUGUGCCCUUCACUGGAGAAAAGAAAGGGAGAGUCUUUAUCCCCAAAGAAAAGCCUGUAGAAACUCAUAAAGAAGAGAAGGUGACCCUUGACCCAGAACUGGAAGAAGCUUUGGCCAGUGCCUCCGACACUGAACUCUACGAUCUCGCAGCUGUUCUUGGAGUACACAAUUUGCUCAACAAUCCAAAGUUUGAUGAAGAAACAUCCAACUCUAAAGGUGGCAAAGGGCCUGUGAGAAAUGUGGUCAAAGGUGAAAAGGUCAAGCCUAUAUUUGAGGAACCACCCAACCCCACAAAUGUGGAAGUAAGUCUGCAGCAGAUGAAAGCCAAUGAUCCCAGUCUCCAAGAAGUCAAUCUCAACAACAUUAAGAACAUUCCAAUUCCAACCCUGAAGGAAUUUGCAAAAGCUUUGGAGACCAACACUCAUGUAAAGAAGUUCAGCCUGGCUGCGACCCGCAGCAAUGACCCUGUGGCAAUUGCUUUUGCAGAUAUGCUGAAAGUAAACAAGACCUUGAAAAGUCUAAACAUAGAAUCCAAUUUUAUAACUGGAACUGGGAUCCUGGCCCUGGUAGAGGCACUAAGAGAAAAUGACACCUUGACGGAAAUCAAGAUUGACAACCAGAGACAGCAGUUGGGAACAGCUGUAGAGAUGGAAAUUGCCCAGAUGCUCGAGGAGAAUUCAAGGAUCCUCAAAUUUGGAUAUCAGUUUACCAAGCAAGGGCCACGAACAAGGGUGGCAGCUGCCAUCACAAAGAAUAAUGACCUGGUUCGUAAAAAGCGAGUUGAAGGAGACCGAAGGUAAAUUUCUACAAGAGGUGACGUUUUUACCACGGCAGCCAUUUAAAAACGAACAAAAACUCUUCUCCUUCCCCAUCGGGACUAUUUUAUCAAAGGUUCACUUUCGUUAACCACACAACUAAUAAUUUAAUUGUAUUCUUUUUUAGCACUCCUUAUUUAUCUUGAAUUUUUUAAUAUAUACAGUCGUUUUAUUUGCUCAUGGGCACUCUGGCAAGUUGCACCAGUGGACAUACACAGAUCUUUAGUGGAUGACAACAAUCGAAAAUAACCACUUUCAUAUUGGGUUGUCUUGCUUUGUUGUAUACCCUUUUUUUUUUAACCAUUGAAAGGAAUUUAGUAUUAUCAGUAUGUUUGUAACUGUGAUUAUGAUAGAAGCCUAUCUCUGUUUACAUGCAUGGCUUUGAGUUAGGCUAAGUACAUCAGAAGUAUUCUGCUGACCACAUAAGAAGUUAGUAUUGCCAAUCUUUCACUGGAUGAGAAAAUGUGACCCGACUUAGCGUAAGUUCUCUCAUAGUUCCAGAAAUAUGCACAUGCGCCCACUGCUCAGAGAUCAGUGGUGUCAUCUUCAUAAAAACAAGACAGCAUUAUGAUACUUUAACACAGCCUUAUUGAAUAAGUAAAUAAAAUGAUUAUUAGCCCACAAAUACAGUGUCCAUCCGGACUCAACGCGUAGCAAAAUGAACUGGCACAACUACCUUUACUGAUUUUUUAACAUAAAUUCAAUCUUUAACAUGACUCUCUGAUGAAUAACUUUUCACAAAGCUGUUUUAAAGUUUUCCAGACACGAUGGUUUAUUUUUAAGUUUUAGUAAGAGGGAGGUUUUUAUAACAGUACACACCCAAAUAGAACAAUAAUAAUUGCACCUUAAUUAAGGUUGUCUGAUAACACACGACUGCAUUACUUUAGCAAAUUUUAGAAGCACUUACUGCUUUUUCUCUGGUGUAGCAAGAUCACAGGAUGAAGUGUGAACAUUCAAGUUAAUUAUACAGAUUUUUGUCUACGUGGCAUGAUCCAUCCAGACACUUGCAAACGUCAGGAAAACGUGAAUUAUCACUUACCCAGAUGUUUGUCCUCUCAAGAACAUAAGCUGUGAAAGCACAACUGAGAUGAUUGCAUGACAGGAAGCAUUAAUCUGCCAACGCAGCAGUGCAACCUGUAAUGCUGAACUAAGGGAACAGGUCUUUGAUAACUUAGUGCCCAAGGCUGUAACUGGUGGCACUCUGACAAGUAGCUUACUCCCUUCUCCCCUCCCUUCCUUCCAGCUCAUACUCUUUUUUUCUCCUCUCUGUAAUUUGAGCCUUGUUAAGGUUGGCAUUCCUUGUGCUGGUAACACCUGGAGCUAAAGAGGUUGCUGGUUCUGGCAGAACGUGGGUCCAGUCCAGGAUUUGUUUAAUAAUUGAGCGUUCCUGAGUUGCUUGAGAGCAGUAAAAAUCAGUCAGUGUAAAAUAAUUCAUGUAUUAUUCUAGUUAGUUUGUAAAGCACAUGAAAACCUUUUAGGAUAGAUAGGCUUUAUGAAAUUAGACAUUUACCUCUAUUUUAAAUACAUCUGUAGCUCUAAAAUCCUUUGAAACAUCUCAUUUUCUUGAGAACAUUUUACAUUUUUUUGAGGGACUAAUGAGCAGAACAUGUUGACAUUUUUAGAACCCUAAAAAGUCUAGUUUUUACUACAUCUCCCUAACAAAAGAAAGAAAGAAAGAAAGAAAGAAAGUGCAGUAAAUAUUAUUUAAUGGUUUUCAGUCUGAUUUUUUCCUUCCCUCUUACUUAGGUGUGGAAUAUUGGAGCCAACUUAUACAGGCUUACUGAGUAUUAAAUUUUCAAGAAUUUUGCAAACUGUUAAACAUAGCCAUUUUUAAAAAUUAAAUGACAUGCACUUAGAAUUAAAUAAGUUAUAUUAAAAACAAAAGUAGCGCUCAAUACAUUUUGCUAUUUUCUAGGCUCUUAAAAGUAUUUGCAUCUUUUGUGUCUGUGUGGCAGACAUACUAUGUAAUGGUUUGUGAGUUACAUCUCUUCUGAACUCAAAAGUCAGUACUUCUUGCUGGUAGUUUGGAAUUGGCCAUGGUGGGAAUAUUUAUACCAAGGAAAUUAGCAAAUAUUAGAAAUCAGAGUUAUU